AAGCAGGCAGGCGGGGCGGCCAGAGUCCAGGGCGAUGGCGGCGGAGCAGGACCCUGAGGGGCGCGCGGCGGCGCGGCCGCUGCUCACCGACCUGUACCAGGCCACCAUGGCGCUGGGCUAUUGGCGCGCCGGCCGCGCGCAGGACCAGGCCGAGUUCGAGCUCUUCUUCCGCCAGUGCCCGUUCGGCGGAGCCUUCGCCUUGGCCGCGGGGCUGCGCGACUGCGUGCGUUUCCUGCGCGCCUUCCGCCUGCGGGACGCAGACGUGCAGUUCCUCGCUUCGGCGUUGCCCUCAGACACAGACCCCGCCUUCUUUGAGCACCUUCGUGCCCUCGACUGCUCUGGGGUGACGGUGCGGGCCCUGCCCGAGGGCUCCCUCGCCUUCCCCGGCGUGCCGCUACUGCAGGUGUCCGGGCCGCUGCUGGUGGUGCAGCUGCUGGAGACGCCGCUCCUCUGCCUGGUCAGCUACGCCAGCCUCAUCGCUACAAAUGCCGCGCGCCUUCGCCUGAUCGCAGGGCCCGACAAGCGGCUGCUGGAGAUGGGGCUUCGGCGUGCUCAGGGCCCCGACGGGGGUCUUACUGCCUCUACCUACAGCUACCUGGGCGGCUUCGAUGCCAGCAGCAACGUGCUCGCAGGACAGCUGCGGGGCGUGCCGGUGGCCGGGACCCUGGCACACUCCUUCGUCACUUCCUUUUCAGGCAGCGAGGUGCCCCCUGACCCGGUCAGUACCCCUGUACCUCUAGCUACAUUCCAGAGGGGAGACCCCCAGGGCCAUCCCUUCCCCGGAAGGAGGAGGCACCAGUCCCUGCUCAGCUCUCAGAUGUUGGCUCCGGCGGCUGGUCAGGGCUCCCAGGUGGAUCUGGCUGCCAGCGUGGAGACGUGGCUGGAGCGUGUGUGUGGCCACCUGGGGCUGGGUGUGCAAGAGCCGCACCGGGGGGAGCGGGCAGCCUUUGUGGCCUACGCCCUGGCUUUUCCCCGGGCCUUCCAGGGCCUGCUGGACACCUACAGUGUGCGGAGGAGCGGGCUCCCCAACUUCCUGGCUGUAGCCCUGGCCCUGCAGGAGCUGGGCUACCAGGCAGUGGGUGUGAGGCUGGACAGUGGCGACCUGCUUCAGCAGGCUCGGGAGAUCCGCGGGGUCUUCCGGACAGCUGCGGCCCAGUUUGGGGUGCCCUGGCUGCAGUCGGUCCCCAUUGCUGUCAGCAACAACAUUGAUGAGGAGGAGCUGGCCCGGCUGGCCCAGAAGGGCAGUGAGGUGAAUGUCAUUGGCAUCGGCACUAGCGUGGUCACCUGCCCUCGCCAGCCUUCCCUGGGCUGUGUCUACAAGCUGGUGUCUGUGGGAGGCCAGCCGCGGAUGAAGCUGACUGAGGACCCCAAGAAGCAGACAUUGCCUGGGAGCAAGGCUGCCUUCCGGCUCCUGGGCUCUGAUGGGUCUCUGCUGUUAGACGUGCUGCAGUUGGCAGAGGAGCCACCUCCGCAGGCUGGCCAGGAGCUGCGAGUCUGGCCUCAAGGGGCCCGGGAGUCCCGUACUGUGAGGCCAGCCCACGUGGAGCCACUGCUGCGACUCUGGGUCAAGCAGGGACAGCUGUGUGAGCCACUGCCGUCUCUGGCUGAAUCCAGAGCCUUCGCCCAGCAGUCCCUGCACCGUCUGAGCCCUGCCCACAGGCGGCUGGAGCAGCCGGCACUGUACGAGGUCGCACUGUCUGAGAAGCUCCAGGCCCUGGUGGACAGACUGAGUGCCAGAGGAGCCCUCUGAUAACCUCGUGCUGGGACCUGCCUGAAGUUAACAUGAGUCAUUCACUGUCCCCACAA